AUGUCUUCAUCAGCUGAAUAUGACUAUAAUUGUCCCGUGUGCUGUGAAAUCUUCAAGGCUCCUGUUCUUUUAUCAUGUAGUCACAGUGUCUGUAAAGAGUGUCUUCAGCAGUUCUGGAGAACCAAGAAAACUCAGGAGUGUCCUGUCUGCAGGAGAAGAUCCUCAAAAGACAGACCUCCAUUAAAUCUAGCAUUAAAAAACUUGUGUGAGUCGUUCCUGAAGGAGAGAAAUGAGAGGCGUUCAUCAGGAUCUGAGGAGAUCUGCAGUUUACACAGUGAGAAACUCAAACUCUUCUGUCUGGAGGACAAACAGCCUGCGUGUUUACUGUGUUUUACUUCAGAACAACACAUCAAUCACACAUUCAGACCCAUCAGUGAAGUGGUUUCAUCAUAUAAGGAGGAGCUCAAUACAGCACUGAAGUCUUUACAGGAGAAACUUAAAAAGAGAGAAAAUAUGAAAGAAGAGUUUGAGAAAACAGUUCAACACAUCAAGUCUCAAGCUGAGCACACAGAGCGUCAGAUUAAACAGCAGUUUGAGAAGCUUCAUCAGUUUCUCAGAGACGAAGAAGAAGCUACAAUCACUGCACUGAGAGAGGAAGAGGAGCAGAAGAAGCAGAUGAUGAAGGAGAAGCUGGAGGAGAUGAACAGACACAUCUCAGCUCUUUCACACACAAUCAAAGACACGGAGGAGAUGAUGAAAGACAAUGGCGUCUGCUUUCUAAAGGAGUUUCCAGUCACGAUGGAAAGAGUCCAGAUCUCACAGCCGGAUCCACAGACGCCUUCUGGAGCUUUGAUUCAUGUGCCACGAUACUUGGGCAACCUGCCCUUCAGAGUCUGGAAGAAGAUGCAGGACAUCGUCCAAAACACUCCUGUGAUUCUGGAUUCAAACACUGCAAAUCCAGAUCUCCUCCUUUCUGAUGAUCUGACCAGUGUGAGAAACAGCGGGAUCCAUCAACCUCUUCCUGAUAAUCCAGAGAGAUUUGACUUCUAUUACUGUGUUCUGGGUUCAGAGGGUUUUAACUCAGGGACACACUGCUGGGAUGUGGAGGUUAAAGAGAGUCAAUGGUGGAGUCUUGGAGUAACUACAGCAUCAAACCAAAGGAAGGGAUAUGAUUUCUUUAACACUGAUGUCUGGUUUGUACAGCACAGAUGGUCUGAUGAUUCUGGUUUUCGUGUAGAACAGGAUCUUGAGCGUGUGAGAGUGUAUCUGGACUAUGACAGAGGAACGGUGUCAUUCUCUGAUCCUGUAACUAACACACAUCUACACACAUUCACAACCUCCUUCACGCACACACUCUUUCCUUUCUUCUGUACUCUUGACUCUCUGAAGAUCUUACCUUUCAACAGUCAGUAAACUUUACUCCUGUAGUUCUGGAUCAACCUGCUUUCAUCUUUUACCGUCAUC